UUUAUUGUUUCUUUGUAGACCAUGUUGGGGGGUUGUGGCUUUGAAAUAAAAAAUAUUUUUUUCCUUUCCUGACCAUUCUCCCCCUCCUUAAUGGGGUAAUUUGCCUCUUUUCCUUUAAGACAUCCACCCUGGAACGUUAUCUAGGCCAAACGUUCCCUUUUAUUUUUGCGGUCUUCCAAGUUUUAAAUUUACAAUUCCUGCUGAUUUUCUGACUUUUCCUUCUCAUUAAGCUUGGUUCCCUUUGUUUUUCCUUGGACUCCACAUUGUUGGUGGUGGGAGUAAAAAAAUAUUUAAAUUUUGAGAGACAUAAUGACCUACAUAUAGGGAGGAGGGCAUUCUGUGGGGUCAUAUAAAAAAUUCUUUUCGCUUUUCCUCCAUCCUUGUUCUAGUCAUUCAAUUUUUUUUAUUAAUUAUAAAAAUAAAUUUUACGUCUCUUGUAUUAUAAUUUUGUUUUUAAAUAUUGUAUACCUCUACAAUUUUUUUAAAAAUUUUUUUAAAGAUUUAUUUAAUCAUUUAAUAUUUAACAAAAAAUGAAUUCAAGCUCAAAUAGCAACAAAAUAAAAAAUGCAAUUCCAAAAAUUAAAUCGAAUCGAGGCGGAACUCGACAAAGCGAGACGAGUGAUACAAGCUCAAUUUCCACAGAGGAUGAAUUUGUUUGUGUAAAACGACCAAAAAUGAAUGAAAUUGGCACAAUGACUAGUGAAACGAAGACUUUUAAAGUGGAAGAAAAUACAGGUUUAUUAGAUGUUCUCUUCAACUUCUUAAAUUUUAUUGUGGAGCUUUUCAAAGCGUUGUUUAACAAAGCAAAGAAUGUAACCUUUAUUAGAAUGGAUUGGAUCUCUACUAUUCGACAUCGUCUAAUCACGAAAAAAACAAUUGUUAUGGUUUUCGAUAAAUUGUUUUUAAUUUUGUUUCCGUCAUUUUUUCUACUAUUCUUCAUACUUAUUUGCAAUGUAUUUUGGCUUGCAUUCUCAGCAUGUAUUUUUGAAGAUUUAAUUUUUGGGAGAUGGUGGUCUGCUAUUGCAAUUUUUAGUUUAUUUAGUUUUGUUGUUGCUCUUAUUGGUUAUUUUUUUAUGUUGCACGAAUUUAUAAUGGAAGUUUUUUAUUAAAUUUUGUUUAAUUUUCCAUAGCACUGUUUGCGGAUUGGGAUUCCUACAUUUUAAGGGGGCCGUAUUUCUCUGACCAUUUUAAGACUGAUGAUUUAAUUUUUUCUCUUUUCUAUCAAUCAAAAUUAGUGAUUUCUUACAAUUUUUUUGCCAAAUAUAACCUGAGCCGAUGGACUUGUCCGCAAAUUUUGUC